GCAGAGCAGAAGAGGCGGGACGCCAUCAAGAAAGGCUACGACGACCUGCAGGCCAUCGUGCCCACCUGUGAGCAGCAGGAUUUCUCCAUAGGCUCCCAGAAGCUGAGCAAGGCAAUCGUCCUCCAGAAAACCAUUGACUACAUCCAGUUCCUGCAUAAGGAAAAGAAGAAGCAAGAGGAAGAAGUUUCCACUCUCAGGAAAGAUGUGAUGGCCUUGAAGAUCAUGAAAGUGAACUACGAGCAGAUUGUGAAAGCACAUCAGGACAACCCGAACGAGGGGAAGGAUCAGGUCUCUGAUGAGAUGAAGUUCAACGUUUUCCAAGGCAUUAUGGAUUCCCUCUUCCAGUCCUUUAACGCCUCCAUCUCAGUAACGAGUUUUCAGGAGCUCUCGGCUUGCUUCCUUAGCUGGGGUGGGGAUCAGUUUUUUAGCCCCAG